GUGAAACCUUUUGUCACUUGCCCCCCUUUUCUCUCGUUUUUCUUCGUUAUAGUUGCAUUUCUUACAAUAUUCAACAUGUCUCAUAUAGAUGACUUUAUAGAAGCAUCAGAAACAGAUAAUGGUCCUGUCAUGGCUCUAUUUGGUGAUCCAUUUACUUCUUCUAAUGGUCAUACUAAUGGAUACGAUGGUAUUGAAACAAUGAGGCUCGAAACUGGCUAUGUCUCUACUGGAUUUGGUCAAGUGGAACUUCCUAUUUUUGUUCUUGAUUAUGUGCAAUUUCAACUUCCAGCAAAGAUAGUCGAUAUGGCGGUAUCCAAUAAUAUUUUGGUCAUUGCCUUGAAUACUUUUAGAAUAUUACGUAUUGACUUGGAUAAUCCUCUUGAAGUGGAAGAUAUUGAAAUCACUCGAAAACCUAGUGAUGGUAAAAUUAUUAAAUUAUUCUUUGAUCCUACUGGACGACAUUUGAUUAUUACCACUGAUCAUGAAGAAAACUAUUACUUGUACGAAAAAUGGCGACGAACGAAACAAUUGAACAAACUCAAAGGUAUUAGUAUUACUUCGAUUGGUUGGAAUAAACAAGCGACUUUGGCUGAUCCAUCCACACGUGAAAUAUUAAUUGGUACUAAGAAAGGUUUGAUCUACGAAACUGUAUUGGAACCCACCGAUGAAUUCUUUCGACGUGAAGAACGAUACUUGGAACAAGUUUAUUCUAUUCAUGAAUCUACAAUGCCUAUCACUGGUUUGCACUUUGAACAGUUUCCUGUCAAUAAUAGGAAAUAUUUCGUCAUGGCGACAACUCCUACUCGUAUCUAUCAAUUUGUUGGUUUCAUUAAUCCUAGUAGUAAUGGUACUCGAUCUCCCGCUGGUUUUGGUGAUGCAUCCGAGGAACGUGGUGAAAAAGCUAUCUUUGCUAGUUUAUUUUCCAAAUAUGAAAUCAAUCCUGGUUUCCAAGAAUUACCUGGUGAACUCCCUUAUAGUGAAGUUCAUUUUUUUAGUCGAUUUCAUGAAAUUCAACAACAAGGUGUGGCUCAAACUUUUGCUUGGUUGACAAGUCCUGGUAUUUAUCAUGGUGAUCUUAUUUUUGGAUCUCAAAAUGUUGGCGAUAGCGUCAUUGACAAUGUACAGUUGGUCCAAUACCCUUCUGUUCAGUCAGAUGAUGAAGCUGGACAACUUGUGAUGGAAUUUCCUAUAUCUGUGGCAUUGACAGAAUUUCAUUUUAUUUUACUUUAUAAGGAUCGCAUGAGAGCCAUUUGUCAAUUAAAUGAUCAAAUUGUCUAUGAAGAAAUGUUACCUUUGAACUAUGGAGAAAAUGUGAUCGGAAUGGCAGUGGAUGAUACAAAGAAAACUUUCUGGGUAUAUACUUCCUUAUCUAUGUACGAAUUGGUAAUCAAGAAUGAAGAGCGUGAUGUUUGGAAACUCUAUUUGGAAAAGAAACAAUACAACAUGGCAUUACAAUACUGCAAAGAUCCAGCUCAGAAGGAUAAGGUAUACACUGCUCAAGCGAAGGAUUAUUUUGGUCAACGUCGAUUCCAGAUGAGUGCAAAAUUCUUUGCUGAAAGCACUGUGCCUUUUGAAGAGGUGUCUCUCAAGUUUAUUGAGCAAGAUGAAAUGGAUGCCUUAAGAAUUUACCUUGGAAGCAAAUUGGCUAGACUACAGAAAAAGGAUCGAUCUCAAAAAACAAUGCUGGCAACAUGGUUGGUAGAAAUAUAUUUAUCAAAACUGGAUGAACUUGAUAAUUUGAUCUCUUCGGCACAUUCUCUCUCAUGUAACAGUAGUAAUGUAACAACAACAAAUUUACUUGCCACAGCAAAGGAUGCAACAAAUGGAACUAAUGAUGAUCUCGCACACUGCAAAGAACAACAAGAAGAUAUUGUCGAUGAAUUCAGGACGUUUAUAGAAUCACAUAAUGCUCAUUUACAUGCUCCUACAACGUUUAGUUUGCUAAAAAAUCAUGGACGCAACGAAGAAUUAUUAUUUUAUGCAACAUUAAUUGGGGACUAUGAACAAGUCAUUAAUUAUUGGAUUAUGGAGAAAAAUUGGAAGAAAGCUUUAGAGGUUUUAAGCAAACAGAACAAGACGGAUAUCUUUUACCGAUUCUCACCAGUGCUUAUGGAAAACGAACCUUAUGAAACUGUGAAUAUAUGGAUGAGACAACCAAAUCUGAAUCCGCGACGUUUAAUCCCAGCUCUUUUACGAUAUGAUCAUAGCAAGUUGGCUGAAAAGUCAUUACCAAAUCAAGCUAUACGAUAUUUAUCAUUUGUAGUAUCAACACUUGGUAGUACGGAUGCUGCUAUUCACAACUUUUUGCUUACUCUUUAUGCAAUUCAAUCCACUCAAGAUGAAACGGCAUUGCUGGCCUUUUUGAAGAAUGAAGGACGGGAAAUGCAUUACAACUUGGAUUAUGCAUUACGGUUAUGUAGUCAAAAUGGACGAACCCAAAGUUGUGUACAUAUCUAUAGUCAAAUGGGAUUAUAUGAAGAAGCUGUUAAUUUGGCCUUAAAGAACCACGAUAUUGAAUUGGCUUGUAUUAAUGCAGACAAACCUGAAGAUGACGAUGCAUUACGAAAGAAAUUAUGGCUGACUAUUGCUAAACAAGUAGUUGCUGAAAACAAGGAUAUUAAAUCGGCUAUGUCAUUCUUGGCACAAUGUGAUCUGUUACAAAUUGAUGAUGUUCUUCCAUUCUUCUCUGAAUUCUUGAUGAUUGGCGAUUUUAAAGAUGAUAUUUGUACAGCCUUGGAAGAUUAUAACAAUGAAAUUGAAGAUCUGAAAAUGGAAAUGGAUGAAGCUACCAAGAAUUCUGAUAAUAUUCGUGUGGACAUUCGGGAUUUACGAAGCCGGUAAUCAAGGAAUAGAUAAAAACACAGAUGAUUGCUAAUUA